UGACGGCGGCUCAGGUGAGCACGGCUUCCGGGGUCGGGAGCCCAAACGCGGCCGGCUUGGCUCCGGCUUCCCCUGGGUCGGGUACGCGGGAGGCCAUGGCGUCCUCCUCGGCCCCGCCGGCCACCGUACCGGCGAGUACAGCGGCCCCCGGCCAGGGCUUCGGCUUCGCCUCCAAAACCAAGAAGAAGCACUUCGUGCAGCAGAAGGUGAAGGUGUUCCGGGCGGCGGACCCACUGGUGGGCGUGUUCCUGUGGGGCGUAGCCCACUCGAUCAAUGAGCUCAGCCAGGUGCCUCCCCCUGUGAUGCUGCUGCCAGAUGAUUUUAAGGCCAGCUCCAAGAUCAAGGUCAACAAUCACCUUUUCCACAGGGAAAAUCUGCCCAGUCAUUUCAAGUUCAAGGAGUAUUGUCCCCAGGUCUUCAGGAACCUCCGUGAUCGAUUUGGCAUUGAUGACCAGGAUUACUUGGUCUCUCUUACACGAAGUCCCCCAAGUGAAACUGAAGGCAGUGAUGGUCGAUUCCUUAUCUCCUAUGAUCGGACUCUGGUCAUCAAAGAAGUAUCCAGUGAGGACAUUGCUGACAUGCAUAGCAACCUCUCCAACUACCACCAGUACAUUGUGAAGUGCCAUGGUAACACGCUGCUGCCCCAGUUCCUGGGGAUGUACCGAGUCAGCGUGGACAAUGAAGACAGCUACAUGCUUGUGAUGCGCAACAUGUUUAGCCACCGUCUUCCUGUGCACAGGAAGUAUGACCUCAAGGGCUCCCUAGUGUCCCGGGAAGCCAGCGAUAAAGAAAAGGUUAAGGAAUUACCUACCCUUAAGGACAUGGACUUUCUCAACAAGAACCAGAAAGUUUAUAUUGGUGAAGAGGAGAAGAAAAUAUUUCUAGAGAAGCUAAAGAGAGAUGUGGAGUUCCUAGUGCAGCUGAAGAUCAUGGACUACAGCCUUCUGUUGGGCAUACAUGACAUAGUUCGCGGCUCUGAACCAGAGGAGGAGGGCCCUGUGCGGGAGGAAGAGCCAGAGGGGGAUGGGGACUGUGGCCUGGCUGGACCUCCUGCUCUGGUGGGCUCCUAUGGCACCUCCCCUGAGGGUAUUGGCAGCUACAUGCUUUCUCAUCGGCCCCUGGGCCCUGGAGAGUUUGAAUCCUUCAUCGAUGUCUACGCCAUCCGGAGUGCUGAAGGGGCCCCCCAGAAGGAGGUGUAUUUCAUGGGCCUCAUUGACAUCCUGACACAGUACGAUGCCAAGAAGAAAGCAGCUCAUGCAGCCAAAACUGUCAAGCAUGGGGCUGGGGCAGAGAUCUCUACUGUCCAUCCUGAACAGUAUGCCAAGCGAUUCCUGGAUUUUAUUACCAACAUCUUUGCCUAAGAGACUUCGUGGUCACUGCUACUUUAUGUUCAAGGUGGUAGGGUUCUGAGAGCCUUGGGGGAAUUUCAGAUAUUCUAGUCACUACUUCUCUUCCUCUGCUAAAUUCAGGCUACAGGCUCCUUCCUUCCAAAUAACUCCAUCUUACUGAGUAGGCUCUUCCUGGCCCUCAGAAAUACAUCGUCUUUUCUCCCCUUUGUCCAGUUUUCUUCCCUCUCUCUCUCCCCUUCAACAUGUCUGCUUGCUUCAUUAGAGUGUUACUGUUGAUUCUCUCCCAAGUGCCUUGAUUUUUGUAAUAUGUCCUGUUGUUUCUAUAAAAGUAGAAGAAUCUGGCGGGAAGGGGUUGUUUGCUGUCUUCAGGAUCUUACUGGACAGAUGAAACUGGCUCAAGCAACUACUCUGGAUGCACUUUCUUCUGUGGGAUGAACACUAAGUGUCUGAAUUUUGCUGAUAACUUUAUAGAACUCACUAGGGCAUGCCUGUUUCCUGGUAGGCCCUGGGAUGAAAGACUUUCAAAAUACUACGGGUGCAGGCACGCUCACAUGAUGAGAUAUGGCCAAUCUUACACACACAGGUGGGGUGGAGAGUGGUCAGCAGGCUUGUACCUCAUGGAGGUGGAAACUAAGAGGCCUCUUGUGAUUGAUUAUGUAGAAACUGGAGAAAGUCUCUGUCAUGGACGGACUACUCUCUCCAAUCUCUUCCCUCUCCCCACUUCUACCCUCGCCUCUGUACUUCUGGACAUAGGAGCCCAGAGAUGGAUGGCCAGAGUGUCCAAGGCUAGGUGAAGGUGUUGACUGCUGCUGUUCCUCCUCAAGGCCACACACCCCUCUGGCGCUGGAGGCCUUCAGUGGAGGAGUGACCAGUUCUGUAGGCUGGGAAGAUAGGCCAGGGGUCUAAGGUCCAUUCCCCAGGUUAAAUUUCUUUGCUUCCCGUCUAGCCAUCCCUGAGGUGUUAUUCCCAGGAGAAGGUAAUGUCUCUACUUGGGUCAACCUGGACAUUUAAAGAGAACGGAGGUCUCAAGUAUAAGAACCUCCUCUACCCGCUGGAGGUGUGUGCCUAGCAUACUUCCUUCCCCCACUCCUUCUCAAAGCCUUUUUCCAGUUGGAUUUGUUAUUCUGUUCUCAUCUAUCCCAUCUUAUUGCUACUGUGUCUCCCAGUCAUCUUCACUCUAUUCCCAGAGAGGAAUCAGAGCUGUAACUCCAUCCCCAGCCUCCUCCAAAGACAGUGGACUGGAUGCAUGAUAUUCUCAGAAUGUAGAGGAUCCUGAUGCGCCCGGAUAGUACCCCCCCCUACCCUCCAGCAAAGGCAGCCAUUCUUCUUGCUAUCCUCCAUACCCCUGAGGCUUCUACAUUUUAAAAAAUAUAUAUAAAGAUGGAUACCAGCACCUGGCCUGUGAGGAUGCAAAGAUUAUUUGCUCUGUAUCUGGCUGGACUGAUCUGUCUCACAAGAAGUCACGAAGUCGUAAAGAAGAAUCCCUGCCCUGGCUGAUGUGGCUCAGUUGAAGCGUCGUCCCACCCACCAAAAGGUUGUGGGUUUGAUUCCUAGUGAGGGUGCAUACCAGGUUGCGGAUUUGAUCCCUGGUCAGGAUGUAUAUGGAAAGCAACCAAUCAGUGUUUCUCCCUCCCCCUCUCUCCCCCUCUCCCUCUCCCAAAUAAAAGAAUAAAAGUAAAGACAACAACAAAAUCCCCUUCCUUCCUCUCCCUCCUCCAUCUUUGGCUCCAAAGUAAGUAACUAGAGGAAUCCCAUUAAGGAUUGGGACUUACAAUACCAUCCUGCCCAGAGCCUACCUUCCCCCUGGUGAAUGCACUGACUCCAAGACACCAGCAACUGUUGUUCUUUAGGAAUGGGUUUCCUGACCAUGUAGCUGAUGUAUCAUGAGCAGUAUGGUCUAUUUGUUGCUUCUGAUUUUCAUCUUUUUUAUUAAUAUGAAAGAUAUUGUGUAUUUACUCCCAUUGCUGUCACUAUAUAGAAAUUAAAUUAUGGAAUCUAAAUCCCUCCACAGAAAUGCCUCUUUUUUUUUUUUUUUCUUUUUCUUUUCAGAAGGACCCUAUGCUUAGGAUUGUAGGGACCAGAUAACAAAUUCUGAUCUUUAAGGUAUUGAGCCCCUAAGUAAGGAUGUAGGUUUCUACUUAGAUGGCUGUGAAUUUAAAAGGUUGCGAUGAUUGUGGCCCUGGCCAGGUAGCUCAGUUGGUUAGAGCAUCAUCCCAAUACACCAAGAUUGCAGGUUCGAUCCUGGUCAGGGCACAUACAAGAAUCAACAAUGAAUGCAUAAAUAAAUGGAACAACAAAUCAGUGUUUCUCUUCCUCUCUAAAAAUCAAUCAAUAAAACAAAAAUUUUAAGUUGUAUUGUACAUUCUCCAACUUUAUGGAAGUUAAACUAUGGGAGCUAGGAAGAACUGAGAAGUGACCCUCCCUGGUUCCCCAGGAUUCUGGGCUUGGUCACAGCCCCUGUCUCUGUCAAGGUGUCUCAGCCCACUGGCUAAAGAAGGAAUUCCGUAUUCCCCAGGCUUCUUGGGAAAGAUGUCCUCUGCCUGGAGGGCAGAAAUAGUACAGCAGGGUCCUGGGAAAGUGGAGGAGAAAGUGACCAGCCCUCCCGCCCCGAGGGGAGUGAGGAAGGGGGCGGCGGACAGAAGCUGUUGGCAGGCUGGGAGACCGGCACCUCCUGGCUGAGGAGGCCUGGCUGGUGGGAAAGCCUGGCUCGCCGUGGCCCCAGGGAAGCGAGUUGGAGUCGGACUGGGGCGGAGAUUGCUCUGAUGUGGGAAGCAAACAGCAGAGCUUUUUUUUUUCCCCCCCCUUUGAGAGUUUUUAACUAUUUGAGCCAUAGACUUGAAGCCACCCCAACCCCAAAGCAUUGUUAAAAAAACGCAAUCGCUUCCCAUUCUGCACCAGCCUCAGUAUCUCUGUGAGAGAAAGCAAUCGGAGGCACCAGCCCCCACCUGGGAGGGGGCCCAGGCGGCAAUCUAGGAAAGGGGAGAAGGGGGAAGUGACAAGCAGUUUAUUCCUGGGGCUUAUUGUUAUUUUAGUUCCGAUGCUUCUCACGGUGACUCCUCUUCCCAUCCCACGUUCUUCCUCAAAGGCCCUUCCCGCACAAGGAUCCCAAUUUGCCGGCUCCCAUCCACCUAGACAGGCACCCCUCGCCCACCGCCGCCGCCGGCAGCCGGCAUCGGAGGGCGGAGGUGGGAGCGUCUCCGAGGGAUGUAACCUCCGACCCUCACUCCGCGACGCCGCUCCCUCCCCAGCCCGGGACGGAGCCUCCAUUUUUGUUUUGGGGGCGAAGGGCAGGGGCUGGGGGUGGCGGGGGUCGGAGGAGACGGUGAUUGCCACCUGGGAGGGGUGCAGUCCCCUCCCUUCCCUCGGUUCGCACCCCUGCACAGCCCCCUCCGCCUUGCCGGGUGCCCCCCCUUGUUGCUAAGGCCCAGGCCGUCAUCCCAGCAACAGCCUCAGUCAUGUGACCGGCAAUGGCGGCGCUGACGGGAGCCCUGGGCAGCUGAGUGUGGAAAGAGAGGGAUUCCUGAGGCUGUUGUUGUCCAUGGGCUUCCAAGGUCACACCACCUACAAGUAGGGAGCAGGGACAGAGAAAGAGCCUGCAUGCCAUUUCUAAGGUCUUCAGGAUCAAAGUUUGGGUACCCAGACCCCACCUACUUGACCCGGGUGCAAGAGGAGCUGAGAGCCAAGGGUAUCACAGAUGAUUGAAGGACAUCCCCCUUGCCAAGGCCCCUGCCUUUGUCCUCCACUAGGACCCAACAGAAGCCUCUGUUCUCUUUCCCUCUGCUCCCCCAUUCCAUGCAGUAGGGGACCUGUCUGACUGGGGAGGAGUUCCGAGAGGGAUGGGCAAUCCCUUCCCCUGUCCCCACAGGCCAAGUGCUUCAGUGCAGUGUGAGCUGCUCCCUCCUGGCAGAGGCUGCUUCUCAGGCUCUGCUUCCCUCUGGUGUACAUACUCCCAGUCUUUCUGCCCCCUCCAUUGCCCUUGGCUUUUUCUGGUCUGUCUGUGCUCCAGUGACUAAGCUGAGAAAGGAUGUGGGUGGGCAGGGAGGGGGUCUUGAACGCCCACUCCCACCCCAUAGUGUUCCACUGCUGAACUUUGGUGCAGGGGAGGGGGAAUCAGCCGGUGUGAGCCCCCACGGAGCGGCCCUGUAUGUUCUUCCUAACCAGUUCCCCGGCUACCUUAACCUCGUCCUUUCCUGUGUCUUUGUUUCUGUCAGUCUGUCUCCUGCUCUUCUCCGCCCUAUAAGGAGCCUCCUUACCCCGUUCUGGAACUGCCGCCAAACUGUAGCUUUUAAUUUAAUAAAAAUAAAGCAAAAUAUGCAACUCUA